CACUGUUACAGCACGUCUACCCUCGUCAACUUCAAAAGCGAAGAGUCUUCUCUGGCCGAGAAUAACGUCUCUCAAAGGAAUACUCUCAAUGUACCCUUUCAGAGUAUGGAAUACAUUGAGAGUAUGGAAGAGGAAAGCUGCCCACAAACAGCAAGUCGCGGCGCGGGAACGCUCAGUUAGUUCGUCUAUAAUUUUCAUCGGGACAGAAGCUACCCCGUACACAUAGGUACACACUUGACUGCUAUCACCUCCUCCUCGAUCUGCAUCCACAUGCCUCAUCUCAUCCAUCCGUCCACACACAACGCAUUGGACGAGCUUUUGCAGCUCUAAACGCAUCACACCAUGCCCAUGCCUUCAUAGGCUAGCUCGGCCGCUCUGUCUUGGUCUCCUUGACCUUCCGCCUCAGAAACCUGCACACACCGCACGACAACAUGCACACAUACGCACAGCCCACGUGUGAUCGAUCCAUCUGCUCUGUCCCCUCUCGGCACACAGGUAACUCACUCACUCACUCACCUCAUUAGGGCGCUUCUCCUCGGUCUGACCAACACCUUCUUCUCCCCGCCCCCUGACGAAGCCUCAUCCUGCCGAGCUGUCUCCUCGCCCAUGUCUGCAUCCUCCCAGCCGCCCACCUCUCCCUGGUCGUCAGCUGCCGCUGCUGCUGCUUGUGGUGGUGGCUCGCCUGCAGCUCCCCCCUGCUGCUUGACGCGCUCCUGGGCCUUCUCACGGAUGUAGGACGCAUACUGACGCUCGCGCUUCUGAAUGCACGCGAGACGGGAGGGUGGAGCGGUGGGAGGGCAGGUGCGGGUGUGGGCGUGUUGUGUCUGUGUCUGUCUGUGUGUGUCACCGCUGCUCGUUUGCCGGCCUUUGAUCGGCCGCGCAUCUUUUUCUUGGGCUUUUUCUUCUUCUUGGAGGCGGCCUCCUCAGCUGCACGGACACGCAGAUAGGCAUCGGUGGACGGACGGAUGGAUGGAUGUGUAAGGGCGGACGUGGUGGUCCGUGGUGGUUGCGUACCUUCUUUCCUCUGUUCCUCGAGGAUGACCGCCUUGGGUGCGUCGUCGACCAUGCCGAUCCGCAUGGGGUCGAGGGUGAUCAUGUCGGGCUGCAGCUUCUCCAGCAGAUCACGCACCUCCUUCUCGCGACGUUGCUGGCGCGACCGAGACCACACACAGAAAGAGACAGAGAGGUUAGUGGUUUGUGAGACGGGCGUUGGUUGGCCGGUCGUGUUCUUACCUUUUUCGUUUCGAAUGGAUUGGCUUCGAAUGAGUCGAAGUUGGGGAGGCCCGCGCCAGGCACCACGAGUGUAGACACGCCUACACACACAGGGGGUCAAUCGGCUGCAAAGCCACCAGACUCUGUGCCUGCCCAUUCACACCGACCUGCAGAGUGUCCGAUGGCGCACACGUCCUCGAACGGCCGGAACCGCACGCACUCGAUCGUCUGCACACCGCAGCACCGAGAGAGAACGAAGCCCAUUUCAUUCCCAACACAUAGCAUCAGCUUGCUGUUGUCUAGCUGCUGACCUACCUACCUCUCCGGGCAGGUCGUGUUCCAUGUAGGGCAUCUUGGGCUUGGCCGUCAGGGUGGCGUCCUUCCACACCUACAGCAAGACACCAUAUACACACACAGAGAGAGAAGGCCUUUCUGGCUGUCUGUCUGUCUGUCUGUCAGGGUACCUGCACAUGAGGCCCGAAUGCAAGACCCACAAGCCCCGUCUGGCUGAAACUCACCCACGAUGGGGGCGUGCCGAAAUACCAAAAGUGAUGCACCGGCUGAACAAUCACACACACAUCCCAUGACAGCAUCGACGCGUGUGUGGUGUGGUCGUCCCCCCCUCCCUCCUCCCUCAGCCACCUCGUAUUUCCUAAGGUCCCAUAUGCGCCACUUGCCGUCGAGUCCCGCCGUGGCCAUGUAGUUCUUGUGUAUGUCCAUUCCGGUCACCGCGCCCUUGUGACACAGCAUCUUCACCACAGGCUGACACACACAACACACCCACAACACACACCAUCCACACACAGCCACACAUCCACACCUACACCCACCUUGCCCAUGUUAGGCGUCCACAGGGUGACGGUGCCAUUGGUGUGUCCGAGGUGCAGCACGGCGUUCAUCGGGUUCUGCCGCAUGACGCGGACCGGGCCCAGCUUCAGCUUGUGCGACGCCACCACCGCGCCCGUCGAGAUGUCCCGAUACCUGAUGGAUGGUGGACCACACACAUCCCACACGAACUCGUGGCCAUGGCAUGGUGCUGCUUGUGCUGACGUCAGCUCAGAGAACUCCCCGACAGUGCAGAGCAGGUAGUGGUACGGGAGGUACUCAAGACGAUACGUGAUCUGCACACAAAGACGGGCGGUCAUCCUUUCGUUCGGUGUGAGUGUGGGUGUGACGGGUGGGUGUCGCGUCACUGCUCAGUCACCUUGUGGUCUCUGAGGCAGUGCAGUUCGAUGCCGUUCUGGUCGUAGAUGUAGACGUACUUCUUCUGCGCUGCAGCGACCAUCGUGUAGUUCUGCAGCACCUGCACCGCACGAACCGUCUCACGGACCUGCACACAGAAAGACCCACAUACUGUCAGAUGGAUGGCCCUGUGUGCUCAUGUUGAUGUGCAUCUGUGUGUCGCACGUUGAUAUCGAAGAGGCUCUUCAUUGUGUGGCAGUCCAGCAAAGCGAUGUGUCCCUUCUCGCCACCAAACUGCAGGCACCACGCCCACACACAGACAGACACCCAGACACAUAGACGUCUCAUGAUGAUCAGACAUUCAUCAGCCCACACCCACUCAUAGACCCACCAGGAGGUGUCUGCCGUUGCGUGCGAAAUCCAUCGUGUAAGGCCCGUAAGACAGCCUCAGGUCAAACAGCUGCACACAGACAGACAGACAGACACCAGCACAACCACAGAUGGCGUAUAUCUGAGCGCCCGGCUACCUGCCACCCACCUUUUGCCUUGAUCCCACAUCUAGGUUGGCCUCAAUGUCCUGCUGCGAGAACUUGUAGGUCCUCUCAAGAGGACCCUCGGCCUCCAGGUAACUGCCAGGGACACGCACAAACACAUUCGUUCGUUCAUUCAAAUCAUUCAGUCAUUCACCAGCCCAGGCAGAGUCAUGUGCUCAUGUGCUCAUGUGCGCGGCAGCUGACCCACCCAGGAGUUGAGGGCAGGAGUAUCUCGCUGGCUGCCAGCCGCUUGACGCCCUCCUCGUCCAGCCGCUGCUGCAGACGCAACUCGCUCCGAAGCUUCUUGUCAGACACCCUCUGACACACACACACACACACACACACACACCCCCCAAAACAAAGGCAAACACUCAUCGUUGCGUUCCGAAUGGAUGGAUGGACAGCUGUGUCUUACGCACCUUGACGCCCUGCAGCUGCUGGUGCCGCCUGUACUUUGGCGCGUUCUCGAGCUUGAUCUUCUUGAGCUUGGGCUCGACGGUUGAUGCGGGAGGCCUCCUGGCCUUGCAGACGGCGCCGUGUGUGUCGGUCUUAAUGGGUAUGACCUCCUCGUCGAGGCGCCUUUUGCCCUCGGGCAGACGCAACUCCUCAGCCAUCGAUGGACGGCCACUUCUUCCAACGAGACAGGGUCAAUGCAGGUACGCUGAUGCUCCUUGUGUGUGUGCCCACAACAAUCCCU